CUUAUCAAACAGCAGCCAGCGCUCAACGCACCAACAUCCAAAAUCAAGCCAGGUCAAGCUCUCAAAUGGCAUUCAAGUUUGUGGCCCUCUUCGCGCUGCUCGCCGCCGCCAGCGCCGGCGUCCUGCCCGCCGCCCAGGUGUACCAUGCUGCUCCGGUGGCCAGCUAUGCGGCGCCAGCUGCCGCCGCCGUCGUGAAGAGCGUGGCCCAUCCGGUGCUGGCCAGGGCCGACGAGGAGUACGAUCCGCAUCCGCAGUACAAGUACGCCUACGACGUGCAGGACGCCCUGUCCGGCGACUCCAAGAGCCAGGUGGAGGAGCGUGACGGGGACGUGGUGCGCGGGGAGUACUCCCUGGUCGAUUCCGAUGGCUUCAAGCGCACCGUGCAGUACACCGCCGAUCCCGUCAACGGUUUCAAUGCCGUGGUCCACCGGGAACCGCUGGUGAAGACCGUGGUCAAGGCCGUGGCUCCAGUGGCUCCCGUCUACGCCGCCUACCACCACUGAGCCAGAUCAGCUUGGAUCCCAUUUUGUUGACUUAGUUGUAGGGUUUCAGCCGCAAAUAUUAUAAUAUAUAUAUAAGAAAGAAGAAUUGGAGGUUUAAAGUCAAAAAAUAAGGAAGAGCUGUGGGAAAAAGUUAAGUCAGAGUGGAUUGCCAUGAAGCCCGAAAUUUGGGCCAAUUUAGUUAAUUCAAUGCCCCGUCGAUGCUCAGCAGUUAUAAAAAUAAAGGAAAUACCACUAAAUAUUGAUAUUACAACUAUUCUUAUAAGAUAA